CUGUGAUGAAUCUGGUCCUGGUUGUCCUCUGGUCUCUGGCGAUGCCUUAUGACCGUUUCAGAUCCAUGGCGUCCUGCCUGUCCACAGUUUGGGUGUGCGUCAUCAUUGUGUGCAAGAUGUUGUACCAGCUCAGUGUUGUUGACCCUGACGACUACUCCCGUAACUGCACCAUGCCUCUUGCAAAUGAAACCAACCUGUUACCAGAUGAAAUGCAAAACUCGUCCUUGUAUAAGGAACCAGUGGAUCCCGCCAAAUGGUUUGGCAUCAGGAAAGAUGCUACAGCACUCGGAUACAGCAAG